GCGGGUCCCGUCAGUCAGGCAGCGGGAGCCGCCGGGAGCGGAUGGCGGCGGCGGUAGCGGCUCCACUCGCCGCCGGGGGUGAGGAGACAGCAGCUACGAUCUCCGCACCGGGCUCUUUGGGUUUACCCGGGAAUCGCAGCGCAGAGCGAGCCUUAGAGGAGGCCGUGGCUACCGGGACUCUCAACUUGUCUAACCGGCGCCUGAAGCACUUCCCCCGGGGCGCCGCCCGCAGCUACGACCUGUCAGACAUCACCCAGGCUGACCUGUCACGGAACCGGUUUCCCGAGGUACCUGAGGCAGCGUGCCAGCUGGUGUCCCUGGAAGGCCUGAGCCUCUACCACAAUUGUCUGAGAUGCCUGAACCCAGCCCUGGGGAAUCUCACAGCCCUCACCUACCUCAACCUCAGCCGGAACCAGCUGUCGUCGCUGCCAUCCUACAUCUGUCAGCUGCCCCUGCGAGUGCUCAUUGUCAGCAACAACAAGCUGGGAGCCCUGCCUCCUGACAUUGGCACCUUGGGAAGCCUGCGACAGCUUGAUGUGAGCAGCAAUGAGUUACAGUCCCUCCCCGUGGAGCUGUGUAGCCUCCGGUCCCUGCGGGAUCUCAAUGUUCGGAGGAACCAGCUCAGCGCCUUGCCUGAAGAGCUGGGGGACCUUCCUCUGGUCCGGCUGGAUUUCUCCUGUAACCGUGUCUCCCGCAUCCCGGUCUCCUUCUGCCGCCUCAGGCACCUGCAGGUUAUUCUGCUCGACAGCAACCCCCUGCAAAGCCCACCUGCCCAGAUCUGUCUGAAGGGGAAACUUCACAUCUUCAAGUACUUAUCAACAGAGACUGGGCGGCGUGGGGCUGCCCUGGGGGACCUGGCCUCUUCCCGCCCCCCAAGUUUCAGUCCCUGCCCUGCAGAGGAUUUAUUUCCGGGUCGUCGGUACAAUGGUGGGCUGGACUCUGGCUUCCACAGCGUGGACAGUGGCAGCAAGAGGUGGUCUGGAAAUGAGUCCACAGAUGAAUUUUCGGAGCUGUCAUUCCGGAUCUCAGAGCUGGCCCGAGAGCCUAGAGGGGCCAGAGAACGGAGGGAAGAUGGCUCUGCUGACGGAGACCCGGAGCAGAUUGAUUUCAUUGAUAGCAAUGUCCCUGAGGAGGACGAAGAGCGAGGUGCCACCGAGGAGCAGCCACCACCCGCGUCAAGCGUUGUGGCAGGGGAUGGGGAGAAGUCAUCAAGCAGCAGGCGGGAGGAGCCAGCAGGGGAGGAGCGGAGGCGCCCAGACACCUUGCAGCUGUGGCAGGAGCGGGAGCGGCGGCAGCAGCAGCAGCAGCAGCAGAGUGGAGGGUGGGGCGCCCCCAGGAAGGACAGUUUCCUGAAGCUGGGGAUCAGGACUCCCGGGGGAGGUGCCGCUCCCUCAUCCACACAGAACGCUUGCAGUGGUCCACCCAAAUCCAGUGCCAGCCAACUGGGAACUUUAGAGGUACAGGGAGCCCCUGCAUCUGCCCCUACUUCUCAGGAGUUCCCUCCUGCAUCUGGACCAGCACCUGUUCCCCGGCCACUGGGCUCCAUUCAGAGACCAAACAGCUUCCUCUUCCGUUCCUCCUCGCAGAGCGGCUCAGGCCCUUCCUCACCAGACUGUGCCUUGAGACUUCGGCCAUCUCCCCAGGUUCCAGAUGAGAAGGAAUUAAUGUCUCAACUACGCCAGGUCCUUGAGUCACGGCUGCAGCAGUCCCUGCCCGAGGACCUGGCUGAGGCUCUUGCCAACGGGGUCAUCCUCUGCCAGCUUGCCAACCAGCUGCGGCCCCGCUCCGUGCCCUUUAUUCAUGUGCCCUCACCUGCUGUGCCAAAGCUCAGUGCCCUCAAGUCUCGGAAGAAUGUGGAAAGUUUCUUAGAAGCCUGUCGAAAAAUGGGGGUGCCUGAGGCCCACCUGUGUUCGCCCUCGGAUCUCCUCCAGGGCACCGCCCGGGGGCUGCGGACCCCACUGGAGGCUGUGGUGCGGGUGGAGGGCACAGCCCCCGCCCCCGCCCCCGCGCAGCCCUUCUCGGGUCUGGCUGGCUUCGUCUUUUUCUACGUGGCCCUCAUGCUGCUGCUGCAUGUCCUCUGCACCCGGCUCCUGGGCUCUUAGGACUGAAGUCGCCCUCCCCUUAUUUAUAGACUUGCCCUCCCCCACCGGUGGUGCCUUCAGUCCCUGCCGAAGACACUAGUGUGCCCUCUCACAAACACUGACCUCAGAGGCCCCACUCUAGUACCCCAGGCCCUGCCGCCCCGCCCCUGGCCCUCCUUCAGUAGCCCCUCACCCUGUCACUGCUGAUGGUGCCUUCAUGUCCUCUCCCACUCACCCUCUGUCCCCCAGAGGGGUGGCAGGAACCUGGCUCUUCCCCCCGCCCCCCACUGGCUGCUAUGGGGGGCGUAAAUUAUCUCUGUUUUGUAGAGAGAACUCUAUAUUUGUAGGAGACAUGGGCCCAGGACGGGCCCCUUCUCUGUGUAUAAACUGUACAGACCGGC